CUUCGUCCAUUUUCACGUUUUCGCACAUGGUGCCGCACCGGCCGCCGCCAGCCACCCUCUUCAUUUUCAGGAUUGUGCUCCGUUUGAGCUAGAAUCCGGUAUCGUAGUGUGUUAAAUGCGCAGUACGGUUGAUAUGGUGGACGACCCCGAUUAUGAAGAGGAGGAACCUUCCUUCAGCGACCCGGAGGACUUUGUGGAUGACAUCGAGGAUGAGGAGCUCCUGUCUGACAUCCUGAGGGAAAAGCCCCAGGAGGCAGAUGGCAUUGACUCCAUGGUGGUGGUGGACAAUGUGCCACAGGUUGGCCCAGAAAGGCUGGAGAAACUCAAGAAUGUUAUCCACAAAAUCUUCUCUAAGUUUGGCAAGAUCACCACCGAGUUCUACCCAGAGGCAGAGGGCACCACCAAAGGGUACAUCUUCCUGGAGUAUGCAUCUCCUAACCAGGCCAUGGAGGCAGUGAAGAAUGCAGAUGGCUACAAACUGGAUAAGCAGCAUACGUUUCGAGUCAACCUGUUCACUGACUUUGACAAGUACAUGAAUAUCAGUGAUGAGUGGGAGACUCCAGAAAAGCAGCCUUUCAAAGACUUUGGUAACAUGCGCCACUGGAUUGAAGACCCAGACUGCCGUGACCAGUACAGUGUGAUCUACGAAGCUGGAGAGAGGACGGCCAUUUUCUCCAACGAUGCCAAAGAGCCCAUCCUCGCUGAAGAAAGAGCGCGCUGGACAGAGACAUAUGUGCGCUGGUCUCCCAAAGGCACGUACCUGGCCACGUUCCACCAGCGCGGCAUCGCUCUGUGGGGAGGAGAGAAGUUUAAACAGAUCCAGAGGUUCAGCCACCAGGGGGUGUCCCUCAUCGACUUUUCACCAUGUGAGAGGUACGUGGUGACCUUUAGCCCCCUGAUGGAUACAAAGGAGGACCCCCAGGCCAUCAUUAUCUGGGACAUCCUGACGGGACAGAAGAAGAGAGGCUUCCACUGUGAAAGCUCCGCACACUGGCCCAUCUUCAAAUGGAGCCAUGAUGGGAAAUUCUUUGCCAGAAUGACCCCAGACACAUUGAGCAUCUAUGAGACUCCAUCAAUGGGCCUGCUCGACAAGAAGAGUCUGAAGAUUACUGGUAUCAAGGACUUCUCCUGGUCUCCCGGUGACAACAUCAUUGCCUUCUGGGUCCCCGAGGACAAAGACAUCCCAGCCCGAGUGACCCUAAUGCAGAUGCCCUCCCGUCAGGAGAUCAGGGUGAGGAACCUGUUCAACGUGGUGGACUGUAAGCUGCACUGGCAGAGGAACGGAGACUACCUGUGCGUCAAGGUGGACCGUACACCCAAAGGCACACAGGGCGUGGUCACCAACUUCGAAAUCUUCCGUAUGAGGGAGAAGCAGGUUCCUGUUGAUGUGGUGGAGAUGAAGGAGAGCAUCAUAGCUUUUGCUUGGGAGCCCAAUGGCAGUAAGUUUGCAGUUCUCCACGGAGAGUCUCCGAGAAUCAACGCGUCCUUCUACCACGUCAAAAACAAUGGCAAGAUCGAGCUUACGAAAAUGUUUGACAAGCAGCAGGCUAACAGCAUCUUCUGGAGCCCUCAGGGACAGUUCAUGGUUUUGGCUGGACUACGCAGUAUGAACGGAGCACUGGCCUUUGUGGACACUUCAGAUUGCACCAUGAACAUAGCGGAGCACUACAUGGCCUCAGACGUGGAGUGGGACCCCACAGGCAGAUACGUGGUCACCUCUGUGUCCUGGUGGAGUCAUAAGGUGGACAAUGCAUACUGGCUGUGGACGUUCCAGGGCCGCCUCCUCCAGAAGAACAACAAGGACCGCUUCUGUCAGCUGCUGUGGAGGCCCCGCCCACCAUCUCUGCUCAGCGCUGACCAAAUCAAGAAUAUUAAGAAAGAUCUCAAGAAAUACUCAAAGAUCUUUGAACAGAAGGAUCGCCUGAGCCAGUCCAAGGCUUCUAAGGAGCUGGUGGACAAGCGCAGAGCCAUGAUGGAGGACUACCGGCGGUACAGAGAGGCAGCACAGGCCACCUACCAGGAGCAGAAGAGUCUGCGCCUGGAGCUCAGAGGAGGCGUGGAUACAGAUGAGCUGGAUAGCAACGUGGACGACUGGGAAGAGGAGACCAUUGAAUUUUUUAUCAACGAAGAAAUCAUUCCUCUUGGAGAUCUGUAGUCCCAUACGCAGUCCAUCUGUUGUUGUGUGGAAACGUGGAGAGGAGUCAUUGAUUGGAGGACGACGACCACCAUUGUGAAUCUAGAGGUUUCUACCAAGGAGCCUCUUCAUUCAACUGACAUCAUCAAAGUGCGCCUUGCGGAUCGACAGCCACUCGGAGGGACAGUCUCUCCCCACCAUCCGCUCUUUUUCUCUCUCUGAACUUUAGUAACAAACUGCCUAAUUUUUCUACUGAAUUGGAUCCACCGCUGUGUCGUCCGGACUUGUUUCCAGUGGGGCUGCCCAUGAACUAGCCUCGUCAUGCUAGCGCAUCAUUGCAGGACAGAGAGAGCCGUGGCUAAACCGGUAGCAUCGCUAGUAGAUGUACUAAUGUGGCGCUAUAGUGGCCUGUUUCCUCCUCCUUUCAGACUAGGCUUUCACACAGGGAGGGGGUGCGCUGUGGGAGUAACUUUAAUAAAACAGAAUAAACAUUCAGACAUGUUA